AUGGGUAUUCAAGGAUUGCUUCCAUUUUUAUCAAAUAGUACGAGAGAAGGACAUAUUAGUGAAUUUGAAAAUGAGUAUGUUGCAGUUGAUGCUUAUGUAUGGCUUCACAAAAGUAUUUAUUGUUGUUCUUAUGAAAUAGCUAUGAAAAAACCUACCACUAAAUAUAUAACAUAUUGUAUGAGAUAUAUUGAAAUGCUUCAACAUUUUAAAGUAAAACCAAUAUUAGUUUUCGAUGGCAGAGAUCUCAUAUCUAAAGAACAGACGGAGAAAAAAAGAAGAGAAGAAAGAAGUAGAAAACUUUCAAAAGGUUUAAAUCUUUUGAGAGCUGGUAAAAUUGUCGAAGGAAAACAGCUUAUCGGAGAAUCUGUCGAUGUGAGUCACGAUUUAGUGGUUAACUUAAUGAAGGAAUGUCGUAAAAUGAACAUUGAUUGCAUUGUUGCUCCUUAUGAAGCUGAUGCUCAACUUGCUUAUUUUAGUAUUAAUAAAAUAGUAUCUUGUAUAGUAACAGAAGAUUCAGAUCUUUUAGCAUAUGGCUGUGAAAAGGUAAUGUUUAAAAUGGAAAAAAAUGGCAGAGGAAAAAUAGUAGAAAAAAAUAAUAUUUAUAAAUCAUUAGGUAUUAAGGAAGAAGAUUUUAGUGAAGAAAAAUUCAGGCAUAUGUGUAUUUUAUGUGGGUGCGAUUAUUUGCCUUCGCUACCAAGUAUAGGACCUGCAAAUGCUUCAAAAUUUAUAAAACUUAUUUCCGAUAAAAAAACUGUGGAUUGCCUUCCACAACUACCAAUAUAUUUAAACAAAUUAAAAAUCACAGUCAGUCCUGAAUACAUAGAGGGAUUUAAGGUAGCUGAUAAUACUUUCAAAUAUCAAUUAGUGUAUGAUCCUUUUUUAAGAAUGCAGGUACCUUUAAGGCCUCUCUCUGACGGAGCCGAACCAGUUGGAAAAAUGUUACCUAACGAUGAGGCCUUUCAAUUGGCCAUCGGAAAUAUUGAUCCAAGUACAAUGUUAUUAGUUGACAAUUACGAUCCUGAUACUGCAGGAAAAGGUUUUAAAUAUUUGUGGAAAACUACUACUACAAAAGAAGAAAAACAAUUUUCUCAAGAAUCACAGGUUAAUAAUAAAAGACAAAGCGAAGUGACACUAAAUAAACCAUAUUUAAAAAAAUAUUGUCAAUCAAAAGAUAUUGUUAAUGAAAAUUUCGAUCCUAAAUUAAAUAAAAGUAAAUCAGCUUUUGAAUUUUCACAAAACAAGCAUAAAAAUUCUUCAUCAUUAUCACAAUCAAAAAAUUUUGAUUAUAAUGAAUCAUCUUUUGUCAGUAGCAGGUAUUUCAAAUCGAACAAAAUAGAAAAAAAAGAUAAAAAGACUGAAAAAAUAGAAAGAUUAAAAAAUGAAUCUCUAGAGGAAUAUUGUCAACGUUUACACGAGAAUUAUUUUACAGAGACUGAUAAUGAUAAUGACGUCAUUGAAAAUGAAAAAGUCACAAUUAAUAACGUGUCACAAAAAUUUGACGAAAUACGGAAAAAUAUUGUAAAAAAAUGUACAUUUAAUAAUGAUGAUGAUAGUAUUAAUAGUAGAAAAAUAAUAAUUAAAAACGAGACUGAUGAGCGUGUAAGUGCGAAUAAAAUUUGUGAUAAUAAUUCGAUAACAGAUUUACCAAUCGUUGAUUACAUGUUAAACGAAGUGGAAAAAGAUUUAUUUAAUGAUGAUGAUUCUAUUCUACCCGUGGAAAAAAAUAUAAAUAAUUUUACGAAUAUUAUGAACGAUGGUAAAAAAGAAGUCGAUGAGUAUGUGAUGACGAACGGAAAUGGAAUAAAAUUAAACGGUUCGGAUGGUAAUUCAUUCGAAGAGACGCCGGAAAUAGGAAAUAAAGUACGUUCAGAAAGUAAAAUAAUGGAAACAGAUUUAAAGGAACAAGAGGAUGAACGCACCGUACCUACGAGACCUUUAUCUCCAGUUUUUAACGUAAAUAAAAAGACUGAAAAUAUAAAUUACGUGAAAAUGGAGACGUUUGUAGAUACGCUUAGCACUCCGACUUCAUUAUAUUUUUCACCAUUAUCCGAAUCGGAUAUAAAUCAAUCGACUAAAACUUUUUCUCAAGAAAGAGUAAAAACGAUGGGAAGAAAAUCAAAAUCAUCAUCAUCAUCAUCAUCGUCAACGGAAAAAUCAAAUAAAUUGAGUAGGAAUCUAAGUAAAAAUUCAAUUUUAUGUCGAACGUUAUUUCAAUUUGGAUUUAAAAAAGAAUAA